AAGCACUCCGCUGGUUGUGUUGUUAUUUUUUUUCAUUUCUUCCUCACCAUCCCUCCUCCUUCUACCGUCAUUCUUCAGGUUUCUCUGUUCAGAUUAUUUUUUUUUUAUAAAAAAUUUCAUUGCUGUUUUCGUGAAUUGCAUCUGAGUCAGCCGCGCCAGUGAUGCGCGCCGCAUCUGGCAUCCCUGUAACUGCCAGCGUCCGCUUCCCUCUGCACCUCCGGUUCGAUUUUGUUCGGUUUUCUUCCUGAACCGAACCGCUGUAUCGAUGAAUCCAGUUCCUUUUCAGUCUGCACUACCACCACCACCGCGACCGCCAUUUCUUGAACCGAUGCAGUUUCCGGUGUUACCGCCCGAACCACCAAAUUCAAGUUCCUUUUGGGAAACCAGAAAUGUUUGCGAUCGGUUCCGGGAAUUGCAGGAUACUCUAAACCUUGUAAAUGGAAUGCAAAAGGAACUAGAGAUGUUGAAGAUGAUAAGAGACCGUGAUGGGUCUCUAGAAGAUUUAACUCAUGGCUCAACCGAAACUUAUCUUUUGAGUUUUCUAAAGUGUUUAGAAGACAGAGGGGUUAGUAUAGAAACCCAAGAAGCAUUGGCUAUUGAAACGGCGAAUGCUUUAAUGCUAAAACUAAGAGCACAGCUGGAGCCGUUUAGAUAUGUUGCGGAUGACGCAAGUCCAUGGGAAGAGAAAUCAGCAGUGGCUAGGUUUGCAAAUAAAGUGCAUAAGUCUAAACGGAAUCAACUAUGGAGGAAGAAAAAAAGGAAGCGUAUUGCGGAAAUGAUGGCAAAGGACCACGAGCGAUUCGCCCAAAUUGACCGGGAAGCUGAUGAAUGGAGGGCUAGGGAGAUUGCCAAGGAAAUUGCAGAUAACAAGGUAAAAAAGAUGAAAGAAAUUGCAAAGCUUAAAGUCAAAGAAGAGAAAAAGAAACUAGAAUCUGAGUUGGAGCUGCUCUUGGUGGUGGAGAAACUUAAAGAAUUACGCUCAAUAAGGAUACAAAAGUUAAAAAAACAAGGCCAUUUUCUCCCAGAGGAGGAUGACAGGUUUCUUGAACGAGUUCAGGCUGCAGUGGAAGAAGAGGAGCGUGAAGCUUUGGCAGCAGCUGAAACAGAUGCUGCUAAAGAUGCAAUUGCGAUUGCCGAGGAAUCCAGAAAAACUAUGCAGAACCAAGAGAAAGUUUCAGAUGGAAGCAAUGAUGAAAGUCAAAUUAAGGAGAAAAAAGAGCAAAUAGUCCGUAAUGUAACUGAAGAGGGAUUUGAUACAACUGAUGAGAAGAAAUCUAGUAAAGUAGCAUCUGAAGAACAAAACUAUAGAGGGGCUUAUGAUCCUUUGGCGAAUUUGCCAAUGGAGUUCUAUCAUUAUUAUCAUGGUAGCAACAAUGACAUGGGCACAUUGAUCGAGGUUAGAAGAGGAUGGGAUGCCUAUAUCCGACCGGGAGGAAGUCGCAUACCUGGUCACUGGGUUCAGCCUCCUCCUCCAGCCAAUGAGAUAUGGGCUUCUUACUUGGUGAGGUCUAAAUGAUUAGUUUGUAAAAUCAUCAUCAACAUUGCACAAAUAUUUCAUCUGAUACGUUCCGAAGGUUUGAACUGUAUUUUUGGCUAGCCCCAAGUGUAAGUUUUUUGGUGGCAUGUUUAUAUUUAUAACAUAGAAUUUUCAUCCUGUA